UUGUGGCUGAGUCCUUUCUGAUUCAGCCAACUCUCUGUGAACCCUUUGGGAGUUUUCUUGGUAACCAGGUACUGGGAGUGAUUUAUUUUCUUCUCCAGCUCAUUUUACAGAUGAAAAAAGGGAAGCAAACAGUGUUGUGACUUGCCCAGGAUGAGAGGCAGAGGACAGACUUCAUCUCCUGGGAGAUGGGCCUUCUCCACUCCAGACCCAGAAUUCCAUCCACAGUACCACCUAGGUGCCCACUCACCCUCUUACUUUCAAGGAAAUAACUAAUGAAAUCCUAGAUCCCAAGAUGUAAAAUCCUGAUUUUACAUGAGUAUACUAAAGUAUUGUUUAAUAUUUAAAUGAUAUAUCAUAAUUGUUACUAAUGUGAUAACAUGAUUAAAAGGCAGCUGCAUGGCACAGUGGACUUGGAGUCAGAAAGACUUUAAGUUCAAAUGUCCCCAAAGACAAUGCUUGGGUAACCAUGGGCAAAUCACAAUUUGUCUGCCUUAGUUUCAUCAGUAGAUUGGGGGAUAAUAAUAGCAUUUAUCUCCUAGGGUUGUUGUGGGACAAAAUGAGAAAAUAUGUGUAAAGCACUUACUAUAUAGCAGGCACUUAGAUGAAAACUUAAAAUGUAAUUUAGAUAUGUUGGGGUUCAGAGGGACCCCAGAAUAUUAGUUUUUUGAACCAGUGACUCUGGGGUCCCAAAAGAAUACAAGUCAAGAGGCAGAUUUUUAAAAUUAUUGUCAUGCUAAUUGAAGUGGGCUAAAUUCCAAGAGAGGAAGAUAGUAAAGGGCAAAGAGCAAGCAGAUAGAUUUAUUUAAUAAUAGUUUUUUAUUUUCAAAGUACAUGCAACAAUAGUUUUUAACAUUCACUCCUGCAAAACCCUGCAUUCCAAAUCCUUUUCCCUCCCUUUCUCCCAUCCCUUUCUCCAGCAAGCAAUCCAAUAUAUGUCAAACAUGUGCUAUUAUUCUAUACAUAUUUUCACAUUUAUCAUGCUGCACAAGAAAAAUCAGAUCAAAAAGGAAAAAAUAAAGAAAAAACAAGCAAACCACAACAACAAAAAAGUGAAAAUACUUUAUGAUCCACAUUCAGUCCCUAGAGUCCUCUCUCUGGAUGUAGAUGUGUUGAGAUACCGGAGCCAUCUGCCAGUGACUGCUGGAGGUCUAACUCAGAUCUGUGGAAUGGAUCUCUUCAUGUGAGAGGAAGAGAAGGAAAAUACAAGGAGACUGAGGGGCAGUUGCAUUCUCUGACUUCCCUCUUGCCUCUUGCCUCUUGCCUCCAAUUUAUUUCAUUCCCAAUCCACAAGGAACACCUGCAUCAGCAAAGGCUGCUUUGCAACUCCUUCAGAUGUUAUGAUCCACAGCUGUAGAAGCUCUGGGAGAAUUGACCUGCCCUUCACUUAGGCAUGGUCCUUAACACAGACGACUAUUACAACUUUAUUGAAAUUGACUGAAUUACCUCAUCAUUGAAGAGUGCAUCAGAGUUUAUCAUCACAUAAUCUUGUUACUGUGUAAGAUGUUCUCUUGGUUCUACUCAUUUCACUUUGCAUCAGUUCCUAUAAGUCUCUCCAGGUCUUUCUGAAAUGAUCCUGCUGCUUGUUUCUUAAAGAACAAUAAUAAUCCAUAACAUUCAUGUGCCAUAAUUUAUUCAGCCACUCUCCACCUGAGAGGAAUCCACUCAGUUUCCAGUUUGUAGCCACUACAAAAAGGGUUAUCACAAACAUUUUUGCACAUGUGGGUCCCUUUCCUUCCUUUAAGAUCUCUUUGGGAUAUAAGCCCAGUGAAACACUGCUGGAUCAAAGGGUAUGCACAGUUUGAUAAUUUUUUGAGUAUAGUUCCAAAUUGCUCUCCAGAAUGGCUGGAUCCAUUCACAAAUCCACCAACAAUGUAUUAGUGUCCCAGUUUUCCCACAUCCCCUCCAACAUUUAUCAUCUUUUCCUGUCAUCUUUUCCAAUCUGAGAAGUAUGUAAUGGUAUCUCAGAGUUGACUUAAUUUGCAUUUCAAAUUAAAUCAGUAAUUUAAUUCAUAUGAUUAAAAAUGGCUUUAAUUUCUUGAAAAUUGUUCAUAUACUUUGACCAUUUAUCAAUUGGAGAAUGGCUUGUAUUCUUAGAAAUUUGAGUAAAUUCUCUGUGUGUUUUAGAAAUGAGGGCUUUAAAAAGUGGUGCCAUCCAAAAUAUUCAUCAGUGUUUUGCCUAAAUGAAAAGAGACUUGAUUUCUGUUGCUAUUUUUGACUUUGGAAAAUAGUCUAUUAGCUCAUGAAAAAAAAUAAUAAAAUUUCCUUAUGAUUAAAUGCUUAAAAAUAAAAAGAGAAAAAAAUGAGGGCUUUAUAGAAUCCUUGGAUGUAAACUUUUCUCACUUUUUUGCUUCCCUUCUCUGCAUUGGUUUUGUUUAUACAAAAAUCUAUUAAUUUGAUAUAAUCAAAAUUAUCCACUUUGCAUUUUAAAAUGUUCUCUAGUUCUUUUUUGGCCAUAAUUCCUUCCUUUCCUACCGGUCAAACAGGUAUAUUUAUAAGGAGUUGGGGACUACAGGACAAAGAAUAGAGAAGGUUAAAUGAUAUUUUGGGAUUGAAGUUCAGCGUCAUUGGUGGGAAAUUUGGCAAUGCGGGCUAAAAACAAUCCCCCUCUCUUGAGCUGAGACCUAUUCAUUGUUUGGGUCCAGAUCCAAGAUAGCAGCCCAGAGUUUUGGAUGGUGAUCCAGACGUCCUUGAAGGGACAGAUUAGUGGAAUGAAGAUAUCAUGGCUAAUUCCGUUUCUUUCAUAAACUUUCUCCAAGGUUGUGCCACAGCACUCCCAGUAACUAUAUUCCUAAAGUGACUAAAUCAUUUCCAAAGUGGGUUUUUUUUUUUUUGAAAAAUACUAGGAUCUUUAUUGCUAUUGGUGUUUGUACUACAUAAGAUACAGCAUAAUAUGAUGAAAUAAACAUUAUGCAAUAGUUAAUCACUAUUAUAUGAAAAACACAGAAUUCUAAAAUAACAUAAAUAUCUCAAUCACAUUGUACUAUAGACUAAUAAAUUAUGAUAACUGUCUGUUGGCUGGCUUAACCGCAUCCUUUGGUUAAAGCCCCAGCUACCCUCACGCUCUGGCUUCCACUAGUGGGCCCGGGGGAACUUGACUUUGGGAGAAGGCAAAUCAAUCGGGGGCGGGGCUUGGGGUAAGUUUUGUUUUCUCCAAGGGUUGGGGCAGCUUUCAGUUUCGAUUUGGAGCUGGCCCCUCCUUCCUCCAGCUGGUUCCUGACCGCUCCUUUUUCUCUAGCAGGAGAAACCGAGGUGGGGUGGGGCGCGCUGCCGGGGUUUGCGGCGGCCGAAGCUGGAGAACUGAGGGAGGCCGACCAUGGCCCUGACAACCCUGGCUACCUGUGUCACCAAGAAGCUAUGCGCGGCCGGGGGCAGCCUGGAGCUGGGGGAGCUGGCGCGGCAGCUCGCGGGCGGUGUGAGCGAGGAUGCCAUGGAGAAGACCCUGCGCAAAGUGGCCCCCCGGAGCUUCGUGCUGGGAACACGAGCGAGGAGCGGCGGAGAGGAAGCCGGAGGGGGCGGCAGCAGCGAGCCGCGAAGCCGGGAGGUGCGGGUGCUGGUGGCCGCUAGCGGCGUGAGGCUGUGCCCCGCGUACUCGACAUCCUGCGACGGGCUCUGCGGGCAGCUGCACCUCUGCAAGUUCUUCCUCUACGGAAAAUGCAAAUUUUCGAAAAGCGGGAAACAAUGUAAAUAUAGCCACAGCACUGAUUCUUUACACAACAUGACUAUCUUGAAAAGCCAUGGAAUCAAUAACCUAAACUUGAAUGAACUAUGUCAGCUUUUGCUUCAGAAUGAUUCUACCCUCUUGCCAGAGAUCUGUGCACACUACAAUAAAGGAGAUGGGCAACAUGGUGCUUGUACCUUUAAAGAUAUUUGUGCCAAACUCCACCUUUGCCAGUACUAUAUGCAGGGAAACUGCAGGUUUGGCAGCAGCUGCAAGCGGUCCCAUGACUUUAAUUCCACGUGUCAGGAGAAGUUGAAAAAGUGGGGGUUUAGUGACACUAUAAUUAAGAGGCUGCCUUCCACUUUCAGAAAUGCUUUUGACAUCAAAAAUGAAAGCUCAGCACCUGUAAAAGAAGGAAGAUCUAAUAGUGACUCUGUACCUGUCUCCCCUAAUAACAGUAAAGAUGAUGAUCAGAUCUGCUUGUACCACAUUAGCAAGGGCUGUAGCUUUAAAGAUAAGUGUUUUAAAGUCCAUUUUCAUUUGCCCUAUCGAUGGCAGUUUCUUGAUGGGGAUACAUGGAAAGAUUUGGAAGAAAUGGAGAAGAUCGAAAAGGAAUAUUGCAACCCCAAGAGUUGGCAGUGCCUUGCUAGGAAGCCUACGAGCUUCCUCAUAAAGUUUGAUAAUAUGAGUGGUGGCUCUUACAAGGUUCGACGUCUGUCCACAGCCUCCUCGGUCGUCAAGCCCCCACACUUUGUCUUCACGACCCAGUGGCUUUGGUAUUGGAAAAGCGAUGGUGGUUUGUGGCAAACAUAUGGCCUAAAGGGCACUGAGCGCCAUGUAGCUACUGUUAACAGCACUGACAUAGAGAAGGCCUACUUGAGCCAGGAGUCACCGAUCCUGCAGUUCUCCGUUGGAAAACACAACUAUGAGUUGAAUUUCAAAGCUAUGACUCAGAAAAGCUUGCACUUUGGUACUGUCAGAGUCAUUUGUCGGAGACCAAAAUAUGUCUCUCCUGAGGAUUUGAAGAUGAAGCAGACUUGUGGUGAUAAAUUAGCAACCCCAAAGAAUGUUCCAUCUCAUUGGGAUAUGUCUGCAUUGCCUGAACUGGGAUUUAAGUUAAUCCUACUUUCUCCUUCUACUGGAGAAUAUCUGAAGGUCCAAGAGCAGUUUUGUCGAACAAUGCCUAAAUAUACCAUUCAUAAAAUCGAGAGAAUCCAGAAUCCAGCACUCUGGGAAGUGUAUCAAUGGCAGAAAGCACAGAUGAAGAAGAGCAAUGGAGGGCAGGAAGUAGACGAGAGGUUUCUGUUUCAUGGCACUGGGCCCGAGUAUAUCAAAGACAUCUGCCAUCAGAAUUUCGACUGGAGGAUCUGUGGCCUUCAUGGUACUAGCUAUGGCAAAGGGAGCUACUUCGCCCGAGAUGCCGCGUACUCCCACCAUUACUGCAAAUCUUCCGUGAAGCCCCAGCCCAUGUUCUUGGCCCGGGUUUUGGUGGGAGAGUUUACCAGGGGCUCUUCCUCCUAUCUGCGACCUCCGGCCAAAGAAGGUCAAAGCAACGUCUUCUACGACAGCUGUGUGAACAGUCUGAGCGACCCCUCUAUCUUUGUGAUCUUCGAGAAGCACCAGAUUUACCCGGAGUAUCUCAUUUGGUAUUGAGCCUUCUCGGGGGACACGGCGUCUGUGUGACUCCCGUCUCUGAUGCAGCUUGUGCCGACGCCAAGAUCCGAGGCGGGGACCUUUCUCUGCUUCUUUUGGGGUCUUCUUUCUUAAAAUGGAGAACAGCCUAUUGCGUUAUUUUUGAAAAAAUCUUAAAAACUGUUUUAAUGUUCUGCUUUGCACAAAUUUCCUCAUUCAGGUGCUUUACUGACUUUUUGAUAAGAAGAAUUUUCUUCCAUAGACCUCCUAUAGAUUGUUUACUUCUUCUUACUGUAUCAUAACAUCAGUAACAGAGUGACUGAUGAGGCUAUGUGAUAGUCGGUCCAAUUUUUUCUUUUUUAACUGUGUCACGCUUUUACUUGCCUUAGUUAAGCAUUCUGAUGUCUGGGUGCUUUAUUGGUAAAGGCGGAAUUGCACUAAUUCUUUUAAAAAUAUUUUAUUGAGAUCUUGUGUUUUUAUAUUAACUUAAUUUCUGAAUCUGUCCCUCCCCUGCCUUACAAACUGUGCCUUGUGAGACUAACCAAAAAGGAGCAGCUCAGCAGUGCUAACCGAUGUGUCAGCUCAGAUUGCCUGCAAAGAAGGCAGUGCUUUCUUUUAAGGGCUGGGUUCUUUGGGGAGAAAUGUCCUAGUGACCUAAUAUUUAGCCUUUUACCAUCUGCUAUUUGCAUUUGCCUUAUCUUUCUGCAUACUCUGGCUGGUAGCAACUGGAAAUGUAUCUCCAAACCUUCUUGGUGAGGAAAUGAAAAAAAUGCUUUGGUGUUCUCCUAUAUUGAUUUGAGGCAGAAACCCAUAAAUGAUUCUUCCAUUACUGGGGUUAUCAAGUAAGAUUUUUAUACAAUUAAUUGCUACUUUGCAGUGUAGACUAACUGUAACCAUUGAUUCCCAGCUUACACCACUUUCCCCUUUGGUCAGUGGCUUGAAAUGUUAUUCAUGCUAGGAGCAAGUCAUACUGUUGCGUAAGAGCUUUAUAUCCAAGUGAACUUAUUCGAAUGUAUGCCAUGAAUGACUAUGGAAAUAAAAGGAUAUUUAUCUAUAAAUGGA